AUGUCUGUCACGCAAGCUGAGGUUGAGUUCUUCGACAUCGCCAGCAACACCCCUACCACCUGGUCGCCCAACACGGCCAAGACGCGGAUGGUGCUCAACUACAAGCGCAUACCCCACAAGACCACCUGGCUCUCCUACCCCGACAUCGCCGGCACCCUCGAGUCGCUCGGCGUCGCACCCUCGCACUCCAGCUCUCCCCUCUCCUUCACCUGCCCGGCCAUCCGCCACUCUGGCGCACAUGUCCUCAUGGACUCGUGGCCCAUUGCGCUCUACCUCGACCGCACCUUCACCGGGGCCGACUCGCCCUCCAUCUUCCCCACACCCGGCGCGCUGCCGCUCGCCCAGCUGGUCCACCACCACCUCUACUCUAAGGUGCUGCCGGCCGCGAUGAAGCUGCUGCUUCCCAAGAUCCCGGCCAUCCUGGACGACCGCGGCGCCGAGUACUUCCGGCGCACGCGCAAUGAGUGGUUCGGCAAGCCGCUCGAGGAGCUGUGCGAAGACCCCGAAGGCGACUGGAAGCGGGUCGGCCAGGAGAUCGCGAUCUUGUCGGACAUGCUCAGCGGCCGCUGGUCCGCGCCUCAGGGCGUGGUGAUUGAGCGCGCUGGGCCGUUCUUCUUGGGCGACGUACCGUCCUACGCCGACUUCGUCCUGGUCUCCUUCUUCCAGUGGUUCAAGUGCGCCGAUGAACGGUACUUGGAGCGGGUGCUGGCCUUUGGCAAGGAGGACUGCUUCACCAAACUGUGGAACGCCUGUGAGCAGUGGGUGCAUGUUGAACACUAG